AUGUUCACCUACGAUACAGCUUGGGCCGUUCUCCGAUACCACGAGAAGUGGAGGGAUGCCUCCUUUCCUAGCAGUACCAAAAAGAGUGCACCGUCGACACCUGCACCGUCGACAACCCCUGCACCUUCUUCUGAAGCCCACGCGAACACUCAAACAGCGGCAUCUGACAAUGCUGAGGAUCCCCCUUUGAGUCUUAAUGAGAUGGCACCCCGACCUGUGGGUAUCAAACAAGCUAAACAAAAAGCCGCUGACAACCGCUUAUCCGAGAAAAAACUCAAGAUUAUGGAGAAGAAUGCGGCUGAAGGGGCAAAGCGAAGCGCCCAAUUCAAGAAAGCAAAUAAAUUACAAGAGCAAACAAAUAAAAUAUCUAAACUAGAGGCCGAGUUGAAGUUGGAACAAAUGAACAUGUCAAUUAUGGAUAAGGAUCUCUCUACUCUUACGGACCCCUACGCAAAGGAGUACUUCAUGACCAAAGAGAAAGCAAUAAUGGAAGAGAUGCGAGAAAAGGAGUGGAAGAAACAGCAGCAAUCAGAAGCUGCUUUAAAUGCAAUACCCUUGAGCGAUGAUCAGUCCAAUUCCCCCAAUUCCCAAUCUGCAUCCCAAUACAAGGGUGAAGACAGCAAAUUGGAAAGCGAAGACCAUAACAGCGCCAAUGAUGAAGACACUUUGCCCUUGGAUCCACUACUUGGCGAGCUUGCUUAA